AUGUUUGAGAUUCCGAGAGCCGGCAUCACUGUGCCUAGCAUGAACCCGUGGGAAACCCGUGCCAUGGCGCAUAAUUUCCCGGCCGAGUCUCCAUCUGGUGCUGAACAGAAGCAAAACCUUCGCUCUCGCUUCGAGUCUCGACAGGAUCCCAUCAUCUACCCCGGCCUCUACGCCCCUAGUGGGAUAGACAUCAUGACGGUCUUGUUUAGUGUAUUGGCUCGUCCGGAUCCCAAGAUCGAUCUGGGACCUGUAGAUUGUUCUGCGGCACUGACCGUCAGCAACCUCGAUCUUCCUGGUAGUCCCAUCAUCUACGCAAAUGAUGCCUUUGCCAAGUUGACUGGCUACACCGUCAAGGAAGUCUUGGGCAGAGAUGUCCGGUUCCUACACACACCCCAAAGCGUAUGCCUUGCGGCAGAACCUCUCCUCGACCAACACAUCGCUGCGAUCCAGGAACUAGAACAAGCAACAGCCUCUCGAGACGAAAUCCAGCUCUCCAUUGCCAACUACAAGAAGAAUGGUGAAAAGUUCACAAAUCUUCUCAGCAUGAUACCGAUUCGCCUGCCUGACGACAAGACACAAUACUCUGUUGGCUUCCAUGGGGCCAUGGACUGA